AUGCCGGGUGCCGCUCGCCGAACUCGAGCGACUGCGCGGCUCGACGACGACGACGACGACGACGACAUUGUUGCGCCAUCCAAGUCGAUUGCCGUCAAGACCGAGAAGAAGAAGGACGCCAGCGUCGAUGACAAGAAGCUCGUCCAGAGCAAGAUUGCGUUCCAAGCCAACGGUGCUGCUUCAACUGAUUCGACGGCUACUGCGACUGCCCCUGCUGCUGGUGGUGCUUCGGCAAUCAAGCAGGAAGCAUCCGUGCACGCUGACAAGAAACCUCGGCUGGGGUUGCGCUUUCAAUUCCUGACGAACGCUUUCCCGGAUGCUGAAAUUCUCAUCAAUCCGAACAAACCGCGACGUGGCAGCUUUGAGUGCACAAUGCAGCUGGGCGGCGCAGAAUCGCUUGUGUGGACUGGCGUCAAGCGCGGACCGCCGCGCAACGACAAGUUCCCGGACGGCGCCAAGCUGGUCGCGGACAUUCGCCAGCUCAUACAGUAG